AUGUCGUCAGCCUCUGCGGAGCUGGAGAAUUAUCUCCAGUCCAUGCUGGCGCUCAAACCGCCCGGUGUGUCCGGCUCCAAGAUCAACAGCAUCACCUCGCUGUGCACCGCCAACGUCCAGAACGAAUCCGUCCUCAUCCAGAAGAUCUAUACACACUUCAAAAAGGCCCCUGGCACCCACAAGUUGGGCGUACUCUAUGUCGUAGACUCUGUAACGCGACAAUGGGUAGAUGCUGCGCGCAAGGCCGGCCAGCCUGCUGGAAGUGCUGCGCCCGAUGGGACAUUCGCCGCGGGCGUCAACCGAGUGACGGAGCUACUGCCCGUCUUGAUGACCGAUAUCAUUAACAACGCCCCCGAAGAUCAAAAGGAGAAAAUCAAGAAGCUGGUGGACAUCUGGGAGCGCGGGCAGACUUUUCCCGCCCCCAUGUUGGCCUCGUUCAAGGAGAAACUGAACGCCCCCCGGCCCAACAUUGAAUCCACCACUCCCGAUGGAUCCCCGGCUCCGGGUUUCAACCCCCUGGCUGGUCUUCAGCAGCCGGCACAGCAAUCAGCCAAUGGCGCGACCAAUACGUCAAGCAUCCUCAAAGCCUUGGCUGACAUGGCGAAGCAGAACACCGCCGCCCCGGCAGCCCCUGCUGCGCCAGUGCCCACUAACCCUCUGGCCGCCCUGACCGGAGCUGCCCCGCAACCGGUGUCCUCUGCCGAUUCUGCGGCCGGGGUCAAUCACUAUGCCGGUGGUGCCAUGGCGAAUCCACUUGCCGCUCUGAGUGGCCUCGCGCAGAAUCCUGCCAUGGCCCAACCGCAAAGCCAAAGCCAAACUCCGAACCCGCUGGCGGGGUUGCUGCCGCAAGCUGCUGCUGCUCCCACGCAGCCUGCGCCUGGUGCGACAGACCCUAACGCGCUGGGUCAACAGCUUCAGCUCAUUCAAAUGCUUGCCGCGCAAGGUAUCCCGCAAGACCAAUGGGGGACCGCAUUGCAGCUUCUCAGCUUUUCCAACCCCGCCGCCAUGGGUGGUAUGAAUGCCGGUCAAAUGCCGCCGGCAUUCAAUGCGAUGGCCGGCCAAGGUGUCGGCGGCUGGGGGCGUCCAGACUCCCAGAACCGCGAUCGUGAGAGAGAUCGUGACUAUCCUCGCUCGCCUCCCGGUGGGUACCGCCGUCGUUCCCGUUCUCCCGGCUGGGACAGACGCCGCACUGUCUCCCCUCCUCGCCGCCGCGAGAGUCCUGUCUAUGGAGAUUACCAUGACGAUUCACCCGGACGCCGUGGAGGAGACCCGCGUGACGCCCGUGGCCGCCGCGGUGGCAAUGAAUAUCGACAGCGCAGCCCACCUGGACGCAGGCGCCGCUCCCCCUCUCCCAACCGCCGAGACCCUAACCUGCCGCCUCCGGGACCCAAGUUCCUCGAAUGGGACUACUCGAUUGGCCAGGGCAGCAUCAAGGUUCUGAGCCGGACUCUGUUCGUGGGAGGUGUUACCGCGCCCGAGGCCCACUUGCGCGCGCUGUUUGGCAAAUUCGGAAUUGUCCAGACCUGCAUCGUCAACAUCGACAAGCGCCACGCUUUUAUCAAGAUGAUCAGCCGCAAGGACGCAAUCAGUGCUCGCGACGGAAUGGAGUCGUACCGGGCUGGCGAUAUGCAACUCAGGACUCGAUGGGGUGUCGGAUUCGGUCCCCGCGACUGCAGCGACUACCAGACCGGCGUCAGCAUUAUUCCAAUCGAGCGCCUGACCGAAGCAGACCGCAAGUGGAUGCUGACUGCCGAGUACGGUGGCACAGGCGGACGGCCAAUCGAGUCCGGGAUGGUCGUCGAGGAGCCGGACAUUGAAAUCGGCGCCGGCGUGUCCUCCAAGGCUAUCAGCCGCCGCAUUGCGACAGACACCGGCGGCAAACGCGGCCCGAUCUCUACGCGCACGCAACCUGACCGCUUCGGCGGUGGUCCCCCUGCGGGGGGUCCUCCUGGCCGCCGCGGCGAUCGUGAUGGCUACGCUAGCGGACCCGUGCCGGCUUACGGUUUCAACUUCGCCAACAUGCCCAUGCUUCCGCCUGGCUUUAUGAUGGGCGGUGCUCAGGCCGGCUCGAUGCCGACCUCGCAGCCUCCGCCUCCUGGCCAAGGCCAGUAA